AUGUCCUCACUAACUCAGCUGUGCAUUUUCCCCUCUCUCUUUUUUCCUCUCCGUACCAGAUUCCAGAAUGCCUCAGAGUUCCCCACAGUUUAUGUAGAUGUUCUCAGACCAUCUCUCUCUGAAGAGGACCCAGAGGGAACCUUGGUGGCUCUGGUCUCAGCCGAGACUUCCAGACCAGGUCCAGGUCCAGUCUCCUUCUACCUGGUGUCUGGAGACUCUGACCACCUGUUCCGCCUCCAGCAGGCCACUGGCCAGUUGACCAUCCACCACCCUCUGGACUAUGAGACCAACAGGGAUUUUCUACUGCUGGUGGAGGCCAGAGAUGCAGGUUCCCCACCGUUCUCUUCUUAUGCGGAGAUUCACGUGAAUGUCACCGACGUGAACGAUAACGCACCGCAGUUCACUCAGAGUGAAUACAGGUGUGAGGUACCCGAGAACUCACCAGCGACGUGGGUAUGUGACGUGCUCGCCAUCGAUGCAGACUCUGGGAGUUAUGGAAAGGUGCAGUAUAGCAUUUUAGAGCGGAAUAUUGACCAUGUUUUUACCAUCGAUUCAGAAAAUGGCAUGCUGAGUACAACAAUGAUUUUAGACCGCGAGGAAAUACCUGAGUACCAUUUAACCAUCGUAGCUGCAGACAAAAACAACAGUUUCUAUAAAGACAUUGCAGUCGUGCUAGUGGUGGUUUUGGACACAAACGACCACGCACCUCGGUUUACACAGAUCUUCUUCACUGAGAUACCGGAGGAUUCUCCUAUCGGACACACCAUCUUACAGAUCAUCUCAACAGAUGACGACAUCGGUGCCAAUGCUGUGAUUGCUUAUUCCAUAAUUGACCAGGGGGAUGACGUUCUUCCCUUCAGUAUUGAUAAGACUAGUGGGCGUAUAACAGUGGUGAUGUCCCUGGACAGGGAGUCCCAGGACCAUUAUGUGGUGAAAGUCAACGCCAACGACUCAGCUUGGAGCAUUAGUACAGAUGUGACAAUAGACGUAACCGAUGUUAAUGACAAUAAACCUGUCUUUACUAAAAAGGUCUACACCGCUACUGUCACUGAGACCAGGGCCCAGGAAGUGUUUGUUAUGAGAGUUGUCGCUACGGAUGCUGACCUGGAACAAAACAGUCAGAUUGUGUAUCUGAUCGACCCUCCCAGUGAGUGGUUCUGGGUCAAUGCGUCUACUGGGGAUAUUCUCACCAAGCAACCCAUCUCUUUACUACAUCAGUCUGCCUCUCUGAGCCUUAGUAUUACAGUUGUAGCCUCCGACUGCGGCAACGUUCCUUCGUACAGUAACACCAUGGUCAUGGUAACCGUUGUUCAGUAUAACCACUUCCCUCCCAGCUUCCUGCCUUUCCCGCCUCUCCUGUCCAUCCCCUUUAACAUCGCCAUGGGAACAGAGGUGGUGCGGCUAACAGCCGUGGACCGGGACUCCAAUCACAGCAAAAGCAACACUACUAUAGAAUACAGUCUCGCCGGAGGUAACGCAUCAGAUUUUUUUGUAAUAAACGUGGACGAUGGGAGGCUGAUGCUUAAUAGGAUAUUGAGGCAAAGCCUUAACUCACUGUUGAUGCUCGUAGUUACGGCAAAUGACCAGGGGUUCCCUCCUCUCUCAUCACAUGCCGAUGUUCAAUUUGAGAUUACAGGGGAGAAUCAAUUUUCCCCGCAGUUCUCAGAGACGUAUGUUACCUUCUCCGUCCCUGAGGAUCUGCCAGUGGGAUCAGUCAUUGGGAAAGUCCAGGCCGAAGACGGGGACGAUGGAGUCAAUGGUGUGCUCUCGUAUUCCAUAACAUCAGGAAACAAAUAUUCUCCGUUCUCUUUAGGACAGAGAUCAGGGUUGAUCACUCUGGUCGAAAGGCUGGACUAUGAGAAACAAGGAGUUUAUCGUAUUCAGAUCACCGCCAAAGACGGAGGCUGGAUCUCUAAGACUGGGACGGUAAACGUGACCGUGAAUGUCAGUGACGUGAAUGACAACCCUCCGGUCUUCACAUCGUCGCAGUAUACAGCCUCAGUGCUGGAGAACUCUGCAGUUGGAACACUGGUCCUCCAGGUCAGAGCUACCGAUGCAGACUCCAGCGCCAAUGCAUAUAUCACCUAUUCACUGAUGGCCAGUGGACACUCUGGACAGUUUGCCAUUGACUCCAGGAACGGCACUAUCACCACUCGGGAUAUCUUUGACUUUGAGCUCAAGCAGACCUUUGAAAUAACCGCCAAGGCCUCAGACGCAGGGAACCGCCAUUCAUUCAGCAUCGCGCACGUUAAUAUCCAAGUCUCAGGAGUCAACGAGUUCAGCCCUGCGUUUCUGCAACACAAGUUCAACCUGUCCGUCUCCGAGAGUGUCCCUGUUGGAACUAGAGUUGGCAAGGUAACCGCCACAGACUUUGACGAAGGCCUGGACGGACUGGUCUUCUACCUACUCAUUGGACAAAGCCGAUGGACAGGCUUCGAUGUAGACGAACAGAGCGGAGAGAUCUACAUCACCGCUGAUCUGAGGAAGCAGGGCUACAGCCAUGCCACCCUGAGAAUCCUAGCUAAGAACCGAGGCAUCAUCACAGGGCUAGAUGUGGACGAAGCCUUGGUCCACAUCAAUAUAGUGGACACUAACGACCCACCAGAGUUCUCCUCGGUGCUCUACAGGGCGGAGGUCAGGGAGGACAGCCUUGUGGGGAAUUAUGUUAGCAGAGUGGCUGCCCUGGACCAGGACUCUGUCCCAGAGUGGAGCCGCUUCUCCUACAGCUUCCUACAGGAUGGAAACUCAUCCUUCUUUGUAGACCCUGUCAGUGGACUUGUGUCUGUCAGUGGACCCCUGGACAGAGAACUGUGGCCCCUAUACAACCUGACUGUGACGGCCACAGACCAGGGUUCUCCUCCAGCCACCGGGACCGCUUACCUUGUGGUGACCAUUACUGACGUCAAUGACAAUGCCCCCACAUUGGUCAACACACAGGGGCAGGUGAAGGAGAACCAGCCUGCUGGCACCAUAGUGGCCAGGCUGAACACCUCCGACGCUGAUCUACCUCCCAACCAGGGGCCGUUCACCUACUGGCUGGUCCAGCCUGCCUCAGGGAGGAGCUUCACCCUAACUUCUGAUGGAGUCCUUUCCACCUCUAGACCUUUGGACCGGGAGGUCAACUCUGUGUUUCAUCUGUCGGUGGUGAUCAGUGACGCAGGGACUCCUCCGCUGUCCUCCACCACGAUGUUUAACGUCAGAGUCGAGGAUGAGAACGACAACCCAUCGGUCCCGAGAAACAUCUACAUCGAGGUGAAGUACUAUGGCAGUGCCUUCCCCGGCGGCUUCAUCGGCGACGUCAGACCCGAGGACCAGGAUGUGGUGGACGCGUUUAACUGCAGCAUCAGGAACGGGCCUCUCAACAUGUUCAGUAUCCCUGACGGCACCUGUGAGCUCUGGUCCUCUCCAUACCAGGGAGAAGCUACGUACAACAUCACCAUCGAGGCCACCGACCACCUCCACCCUCCCGUUAACAACAGUAUCUACGUGAACUACAAAGGCUUUACCAACGCUUCCAUGGACAGCUGUAUACUGUUCUAUGUGGCGUCCACCUCGGUCGAAGACUUCUUGUCUCUCAAUUAUUUGAAGUUUGUCAAAGCCCUGGACAGCCUGUUCAACCUGCAGGCCUCCAAGACUCACAUGUUUGGGAUUAAGCCUACAGGUGAUAAAGUCCUGCUCCUGGCUGCGGUGAAGAGUUACAACGGUCAGCACCUGAAUGGAGAAGUUGCCAGCAGUAUCUCUGCUGCCCACCGGAGACUCCUGGAGGCUCAGAGCAACGUCACUCUGUCCUACAUCACCAGCGACCCCUGCCUCGUCAACCCCUGUCUGAACGGGGCCACCUGCAGCAAAAAUGUCCACAUCGGCCCAGAGGUGUUCGUCCUGGAGAGCCCGUCGGUCAUCUUUGUGUCACCACAGAAUGAGAUCUUUAAUUGUUCCUGUUCAGCAGGCUUUGCCGGCACCCUGUGCGAAUUAGACAUCGAUGAGUGUGACGAGAGACCCUGCGAGAACGAGAGUGUGUGUGUUAAUAAUCCAGGAGGGUUCCGUUGCCACUGUCAGAGGGGCUUCUCUGGCCUGUACUGCUCGGCUGACGUGGAUGUAUGCCUGGAGGUCGACUGUCAACAUGGAGGGACGUGCCUGAACAUGGAUGAUGGGGUUCACUGUGACUGUAGUCCUGGAUAUGAGGGAGAGUUUUGUGAGCGUUCCGUUAACCACUGCGCAUCAGCACCUUGUCUCCAAGGCAACUGCACCAAUGGUCUGACAGGAUACAUAUGUCAUUGCCCUUUUGGUGUGAGUGGCAUCCACUGCGAAGAGGACAGCUAUGGCUUUGAGGAGUUGUCCUAUAUGGAGUUUCCUCCUCUAGAUCCCAGGAGUAACUUCGUCUCCCUGGAGCUGGCCACGUUGCAGCAGAACAGCCUGCUGCUAUAUAACCCUGCAGGCCCGGGCAGUGCUGAGUACAUGGCACUGGAGGUUGUGAAGGGAAGGGUCUGUCUCUCAUACGACUUGGGCUCUGGAUCUGUCCGUCUGCAGACGGAAAGGCAGGUGGCCGAUGGACGCUUUCACAGCAUCACCGUCAGGAGGAUAGGAAACAUAGGCUCUCUACAAGUGGACCACUGUCCUGAUGGGAAGGCUACUGGAUUUUGUCUCUCUCAAAGUAAAGGCAUUGGCUCCAAAAGGACCCUGGACGUUGGCGGCAGUAACAUGACGUUUGGAGGAGUCAGGUCUAUCGAGUCUGUUCUGCUGCGGCCUGGUCAAGUCCAGACUCAUGACUUUGUUGGCUGUGUGAGAAACAUGAAAGUAAACGGUAUACCUUUAGGGCCCUCCAAAGCUCUGGCGGCCUACAACUUCUUGGAGAGGUGUCCUCGAGCAGCAGUGUCUCCGUGUCUCAGUGGUCCUUGUCUGAACGGAGGAGUGUGUCAGGACCUCUGGUCUCACUACAUCUGUCAGUGUACACACCGCUACACUGGAACCACCUGUAACACAGAGAUUUCAGAGGAGCGUGUGUUACAGCUGGGCAGUAGCGACUACAUAGAGUAUGUGGUCAGAGAGAGCUACAGGAGAGAGCAGCAGCUGAGAGACCUGCUGGACGGAGGCAGAGGAGAGACGGAGAGCAGCAGAGAUCUCUCUGAGAUAGAAGUCAAGGUGAAGACUGUGGAGAGAGAUGCAGUGUUGCUGUUCGUUUUGGGAAGGAAAGGACACUUUGAGCUCAGGGUGAUGGAUGGAAACCUCCUGUACGUCUCCAGAGCCAGAACGUCAGGCGUCCUCUCAGAGGUAGCCACAGAGACCAGCAUGGCUGACGGGGACUGGCAUGUCCUCCAUCUGUCCACAGUUGGACUUCUGAUGGACGGACAGACAGUCAUGAACACCAGCGACGACGGAGCUCUGGACCUGAGUGCUGUCAAUGUGGAGAAGAUAGUCCUUGGAGCGACUACAACUCCACCACCAUCCGGAGACAUGAGAAUCAAGCGUCCAGUAGGGUUCUCUGGUUGUGUGGAGUAUGUCCGAUACAAUGGCCAUGUCCUGCCAGUCAGCGGCUACAGUCUGAUAGUGGAGGUUUGGCCCAGUUCUACCCUGCUUCAGUCCAGCUGUGAGUCCCCAGGCUCCUGUGUUCCCUCAUGCUCCUGUAUUUCCACCACCUGCCCUGAGGAUGUCCCCACCAAUGCCAGACUACCUUGCAUCUCUCUGCCCUGUACCACUGCUCCAGCCUGCGGUGGCACGGCUGGCACUAGGAACAGCUCCUGUAUCUGCCUCACGGCUGGCUCCUGUGAGCUCUGCUCCUCCCCUCCACCAGAGGACUUCCGGGGAGGAGCAAGAGGAGUGUGUUCUGAUCAGGAGGCCCUCAGGGGCCCCUCCGCACCUUUGUGGGUCAUCGGCGUGGUCCUCCCCGUCACCUGCUUCCUCCUCUGCCUGGGUGUGUUCCUCUGCCUGAGGAGACGCAACACUAACGCCUGCCGCCACCGGCCACAGAAGCGCCAGGCUGACAGUGGCUCACCGCAGCGGAGAGAGGGAGGGACGGACAACGGAGCGUUUUGUUUCGAAGGCCCAAGGACCACUAGGGCUGUACCUGCGGUGAGAGGGAAGCCACCUGACGUGAUCCGGGCGGACAGACAGAGGGAGAGGGAGGCUGUCCAGGACGGGUACAGUACAGCCAGGCCAGGUGUGGAGGCUGGUGAACACAGUGAGGAGCUGGAAUACUACGAGAUAGACAGUGUCUACAGUGUGUUCCAAUCUGAGACUGGCUCUCUAAGGGUCACUGGGCCUCUCCACAACACAGACUGGGAGAGGACAGACACUGGGCCCCUCCACAACACAGACUGGGAGAGGACAGACACUGGAGGGAGGGGAGGAGGAUUGAGGGGAUGUCAGAAGAAAAUAUCCUCAAAUCCAGAUGACAGAAACAGGUCAGUGGAGCUGUGGCAGAGGCCCCUGACACACCCUGACCAAAGAGUCUCCAGAGACAGAGGAUGUGGUAAGGCCAGUGGGCCGCUGAGUCAGAUAGAUGAUAGGUGGAGAGAGGGUGAAGAGCGCCGCUUCCCCGGGAGGUUGGCAGUGCCAGCGCUGAAGGGUCCUCCUCAGUGUCUCUCUGUGGAGGAGGUGAGGAGGCUGAACAACCCUGCGGGCCACGGGGAAUCAGCCCAAACACAGCAUGACAGGGAACCCUUUCAGUUACAUCAGCAGUCAGUUCAGCUGGCUCAACGGCCCAGACCUGGCAGUGCUACCAGAGGGAUAAACAGAGGGAUGGGAAGUUCUUCAGAGAGCGACACCUACAGCGCCUUUACCUGCUCAGAGGUCGACUUUGACAGGGACUUCUCUCUCCUAAGCGCCCAGGGCUUGGUACGGGAACAGACACUGGUCACCAGCCGCACCCACAGAGAACCAGAGGAGAGCCUGCCUGUCCCCUCCCCAUUUAGAGACCCUGUGCCCCCCUCUCAGGCCCACUACAGGACUAGGAUGGCUGACUCUGGUGAUACCCCUCAGCAGCGGGAGCAGCUCCUGAACAUGUGUGUGUGUUUCGACACCUACGCCCCAGUGUUUGAGGACAUCGCAGGGCUGCCAAUGGAACAACCACAUGACUGGGACAGGCAAAGCGAUCUGGAGGAGAUCAUAUGACAGGUCACGAAAAGAAAAUGGAUUUGAAAUGUACAAGAAUUAUGGUAAAGAUUAUUUUUUCAUUGUAAGAGAGCUGUGCCAGGGAAUGAGUUAUGUUUUUAUUCAAGCAGGUGUUUGCAUAGUAAUUGAGGGUAAAGUACAUCCCUGUCGAUGUGUGUUAUCAGUGAUGUUCAGUAUUGUGGACUUCAGAAUGUACUGUAUGCAGAAUAUAUGACUAUAUUUAUAUUGUAAUGCAAUGCUCUCAAACAUCCUAUCCCACCCAUUUAUUUUCAAUGGCUGUUGCAUUGAAAUAGUCUGACGUUUUUCUCAUGUUCACUCCCAAAGCUCUGUCAUUGUGUUGUUUACCUUCCAUUUGUUUAGUCUGUUUCGGAUUUAGAUCACUUUUGUCUAAUUUUGAUAGGCAGUGUUGUUGAAUGCAUUAACAGUUAAGCUACUGUUCUUUCCAUUGAGCUUUAUUACGAGUUUUAUUACGCUGGCCCGUCACAUCAUCGGGCGAAAGCGGGGAAGUAAGGAGCUCGGUCAUGUUGUCAACAAGGCAGCAUGGUGCAUCGUCCAGAAACAUAUAUAUUUUUUCCAUAAAAUAAACUAGUUUUAAUUUGGAAGGCAGAUAAAGCGUUAUCAAAAGCAAUCACAGAAUCCUACUCAUCACUCCACGUGCUUAAUUACAUCACUUUUGUUUUGAGCUGACUUCACCGUCGGCCAUAGCGGGGCACCUGGCUCACGCCCAGGAGUCACUUUUCACCCGAUUCAAACUUCUCCCACUGGGGUAACACGGGCCAGAUAAAUGAACCCCCUCAGUGUCAAAUGACUAUGACUUGCUCUACUUUCUGUAGGUACACCAAUCUGUAGAGAGCUUUGAAGUAAUCGACUAAAGGAAGUUCAUAUUGACAAGUCUGAAUGGCACCAUAUGCACAGUCCACACCUUUAUGAACUCCCGAGUCCACACCUUUAUGAACUCCUGAGUGGCGCAGUGGUCUAAGGCACUGCACCGCAGUGCUAACUGUGUCACUAGAGAUCCUGGUUCG